CUGAGGAACUAACCACGACACCGGCAGUCAGCUUUAUCCAAGACACAAAUUUCUUUAUUCUUCUGUAAAAUCCUCCACCACUCACACCGUCUACGUUUUUGCAGACGCUUAACACCGGGCUAUCGCCCCACCCCCCCACCGCCUGUGAGACCACCGCCGGGACGGAGACGUGUUUUCUGUUUUUGAUCCUGUACAGUAGAAAAUCGGAUGAGCGCUUCCGCUUUGGCUGCAGCAGUGCUGUCACAGCGGGAGGAUGAACAACCAGAAAUGUAGCACUUUAUUUCAGAAACCCAGGGGACGGACGAGGAUUAUACAAUGUAUUUAUGUGGUGGGCUUCAUGGACUUGUUUGGGGUGAGCAUGAUCAUCCCGCUGCUGAGCCAUCACGUGAAAGCUCUUGGAGCCAGUCCCACUGUCGCUGGUAUUGUAGGAUCUACAUAUGGGAUCUUACAGCUGUUCUCAAGCACAAUAGUUGGCAGCUGGAGUGAUGUGGUGGGACGGCGAUACUCUCUGCUGACAUGUCUGCUGCUGAGUGCGUUCGGCUACGGCCUGCUCGGGAUGUCCAGCAGUAUCGCCUUGUUUGUGCUUGCACGGAUACCUGUGGGGCUGUUCAAGCACUCCCUGUCCAUCUGCAGAGCCCUGCUGUCUGACCUGGUGUCUGAUUCAGAGCGCCCUCUGGUGAUGGGACACUUUAAUGCAGCUUCCAGCGUUGGCUUCAUUUUGGGUCCUGUGGUGGGCGGCUACCUCACAGAGCAUGAGGGCGGCUUCUAUACCUCCUCAUUCACCUGCGCUGCCAUCUUCCUCAUUAAUGCAGGGUUAGUAUGGAUGCUACCGUGGAGCGAGACACUACUUCACCGUAAUGGCACUAACUCCAGCAACAACACAAGUAAAGUUUGUCAUGACAACAACUAUAGUAAGUCUGUGCACAAUGGUUCUCAUGCAAAUAGCAACCACCCAGUGUUGGCAGCAGAGACUGACCCAGCCUACAGAGCUUCUGGGAAGCACCGAGGUGGUCUGAUGUGGAGGGAGGUGUCUCUGCUCCAGCCUGCCUGGAGACAGCUAUCUUCAGUGGGCUCCAAGAUCCACAUGGUGGCCUCCUCUGACAUGUGGGACCUCUUCUUGGUACGUCUAUUGAUGGCCAUAGCUAUCAUGCUCUACUACAGCAACUUCUCUCUAGCCAUGGAGGAGCGUUUCUCACUUAAACCAAAGGUGACGGGUUAUCUGAUCAGCUACAGCAGCACCUUAGGGGCCCUGGCUGGGUUUCUGGUGGGUCCGGUCACCCAGCUGUACGGAAACAACAUGCCUGCUCUGCUGCUUCAUUCCACCUUGCUCACCUGUUUGCUCAUUUUCCUGUACGCUGCUGCGCCCAGUGUGUGGCAGGUGCUGCUCUCUUCCACCUUCUUUGCCAUUUCCACCAGCAUUGGACGGACAUGUAUUACAGACCUGGAGCUGCAGAGGGGAGGGGUCCAGGCCAGCGGGACUCUGAUCGGAGCCGGGCAGUCAGUCACAGCUGUCGGUCGAGUCCUGGCCCCGCUGCUCUCCGGUCUGGCCCAGGAGUUCAGCCCCUGCGGCCCCCCCAGUCUGGGAGUGGUCCUGGCUCUAGCAGCUGUAGGUUUACUGCUCAUCAGGAUCCCCAAGUGGGACGGGAGAGGGAUGACAAAAAUGGCCACACUCUGAGUAACUACAUUCAUUUAAAAUAUUAAAAACACAUCGCAAAUCCACCAGUCAGACAAGUGCUCUUAUGAGGCCAGCUGAGUAGACAAACAGCAGACUCACAGUUGGAACAAUGUUUCCCACUCGAGCAUGUUUCUUGACAAGAUGCCUUUUGCCAAACCUACCUGCAGAUGUGAAGACAUCACAAGGUAAAAAGGCUCGUAAACACCAGCCAGGCAGUCCUUCUCUCAGGGAGAGUGAAUUCAAAAAUCAAGUGCAGCAUUGAGGUGAGGACAGGGCUGAGAAACAUAUGGCUCAUGUGUUGGCACGUAUUACUUGGGACAGUUUGAUUGGAAACAAUGCACACUACGAUUUUAAUGUAAUUUUGUAACCACUACAUAGUCCAAAUUCUGUUUAAGUCGCACAUCCUGUAGGCCUGCUGAUGAUACACUACAAGUCUCAACAACUUUUAUUGCGUCAAUAAAAUAAAAGAAGAUGAAGGUGAUCCUCCUUCAGACAUUCAUAAAUAAGAUCAAACUAUUGAUUACUGUGGUGAAAUCAGGCUCCCAGAUCACACUGUUGCACUGUUGUUUAUUUGUUUGUUUGUUUGUUUGUUUUUGUUUUUAACCUCAGAGCCAGCUGUUUCUCCACAUGCACUGCAUCAUAAAUGGUUCCCACUGUGGUACAUGAGCAAAUGUUUGCUCUGGUUUCUGACUCUCGAUUUUACACUUCAAGAGAUUUGUUCAUUUAUCUUAUGGUGGGUUUAAAUGGAGAUUUAAAGAAAUUCCUUUUUGUAAUUGAGGACCAACUGUAUGGUAAGCAUCACUGUUGUUUAAAGUUUAAGGAUGAAAACUGUAUACAUUUAUGUAAGGAAGAUCUUGAAUGGAUGAAGUACAUGCCAGAUUCAUGCAGAGAAGUCACAAUGAAUAAACAUUGUUUUGUAUGUUUGA